UCCAUUCCAUGCAGUGGGAUUGAGCUCCUUCAAGUACCAACGUGUGGCCUGGCCUGCAUGUCCUUGCCCUCCUCUUCUUCUUCUUCCUCCGCAACUCACAGAACCCAGUGGCUGAAAGUCCCUAGGAAACGAGAGCAAGAAGAGGAUGGAGAAUGGGCUUGUGGGCAGUGAAGGGGAGGUGACUUCUAGAAUUACCAUUAAGGGGAUCCUGAGCCUGAUAAUGGAGAGCAUUGAGGAAGGAGAUGGUGAUGGGGAGAGGAAGAAGCGGGUGAUUUCACUGGGGAUGGGGGACCCUUCUGCGUACUCUUGCUUCCAGCCCCCUGAUGUGGCCCCACAAGCCGUGGUGGAGACUCUUCAGUCCGACAGGUUCAAUGGGUACUCCCCCACUGUUGGCCUUCCUCAGGCAAGAAGGGCGAUUGCAGAAUAUCUAUCCAACGAUCUUCCGUACAAGCUAUCACCGGACGAUGUCUUCAUCACUUCAGGUUGCACACAAGCUAUAGAUGUGGUACUGUCACUUCUUGCUCGCCCGGGUGCGAAUAUACUGCUCCCAAGGCCAGGAUUCCCAAUCUACAAUCUGUCCGCCUCUUUUAGACACCUUGAAGUUCGGCACUUUGAUCUCCUCCCAGAAAGAGGCUGGGAGGUUGAUCUUGAUGGCAUAGAAUCCUUAGCUGAUCACAACACUGUCGCUAUAGUGAUCAUUAACCCGGGAAACCCGUGUGGGAAUGUCUACUCUGAGCAGCACCUGAAGAUGAUCGCAGAGGCUGCGAAGAAGCUGAGAACCCUGGUAAUUGCCGAUGAAGUUUAUGGGCACUUGGCUUUUGGGGAUACACCUUUUGUCCCGAUGGGGAAAUAUGGUUCGAUAGCUCCUGUUCUUACUCUUGGCUCAUUGUCCAAGAGAUGGAUUGUGCCUGGGUGGAGACUCGGCUGGCUCGUGACUACCGAUCCUUCUGGAUUGUUUCGUAAGCCCAAGGUCGUAGAGCGGAUGACGAAGUAUUUUGACACGUUGGGAGGCCCUGCAACUUUCAUUCAGGCAGCGGUUCCUCGCAUACUUGAACAAACUGAUGAGACUUUCUUUGAGAACACAAUCAGUAUUCUGGAGCAUGGCUUGGACAUUUGUUGCAGCAGGAUAAAAGAUAUCCCUUGCUUGACAUGUCCGCAAAAACCAAGGGGAUCUAUGGCUAUGAUGGUUAAGUUAAACCUUUCUCUACUGGAAGAUAUCAGUGAUGACAUAGAUUUCUGCUUCAAGCUAGCGAAGGAAGAGUUGGUUAUCAUCCUUCCAGGAAUUGCAGUUGGACUGAAGAAUUGGAUCCGAGUAACUUUCGCCGCUGACUCAUCUUCUCUGGAAGAGGGCAUGGGGAGAAUCAAGUCCUUCUGCCUGAGGCAUGCAAAGCAAACUGGAAACAUGUAACUGUUGGAGAUCAUAGACGAUUAUAAGUCACUCUUCCACAGUCUCUUAUGGGUCCAGUACAGAUUUUAGAAUAAGAUUUGCCUAAAUAUGGCAUAUGAAUAUAGCUCAACACAAAUGUACAACUGGGAACUUUUAGUACUGCCGUUCGAUAAUUCAGUUUCAAUUCCAAAUUACGUGUCGAUUUCUUGGCU